UCAGAUUAGCCCUCAAAAAUGAAAAGCCUCAGGUAAAACAAAACAAAUAUAAUCAUCAGUUAGAUCCGAAUGUUUACAACCUAAACAGGUUCUCAAAACGGUGCAGAAGAUUCCCAUGCACUAGGAUAAAUAUUCAUAUGUUUUGCUUGAAUGACCCAAUAAUAUACAAUGCGACAUAAAGCCCAAAAUAAACAAUCAAUACCCACUGGUGGAGAUCCAUGACUUCAAAUAUCUGAUUCUGAGUUUCGACACAGGAGGCGCAACGGGUGUAAGGGCCAGAAAUAUUUGGUUGGUGCUGGUGCCCUGUAUUUGAAGUGAACAACAGUGAGGUCAGCGCACCCUUGCGUUUGAAAUUUGGACCUCGAAUGCCGUUCCAAAACAGUUUACUAUACACCCGGGGUUCGAAGGAUAUUAUGUUAAUUGAGUCUCGCCAAGAUAUUCAUUGAAAACAAUGGGACUAAGAAGUGUUCUACUCGUGUUGUGUGUGUUCCACUUGUACCAAUGUGGCAAGGGCGAUGCUCCCACCCAUGGACCAGCUGUAUCUUGUGAGGCACCCAAAAAGAAGAUCCUGUGUCUCCAUCGUGAAUACUCCAAGUUUGAUCUGCCCUUCCGGAAUGAUCACAAUACCAUUGAUAUUGGCAUCGAGAUAUCGGACGUUCUGAAGAUUGACGAUAAAGAUUACAGCAUUACUUUCUCCCUCUACUUCAACGUCCAAUGGUCGGAACCAAGGUUGAACUUGUCGGUGGACUUCUUUAAUAGCGAAAAUAUCACCUCGGAAGACCAUCUUGUGCCAGUCAACUUGGAGCUCAUCCACGACUUGUGGGUGCCAAACAUCUUCAUCUACAACCUUAAGACAUUCAAAGUGAUAGACGUGCUCUCCAAGCUCGCCGGACUUUGGAUCAACAGUAAAAAGGAAAUUUAUUACAGCCAAGCCACUCACAUCACCUUUAUCUGUCCCAUGUUAUUCGAUUCCUUUCCUUUGGACACCCAAGUCUGCAAGUUUCAGGUUGGAAGCUACUCGUAUGACAUGACAAAGAUGCUCUUCAACAUCUCCCACCUGACUUUCAUCCAGAAACAGUCCAUCAUAUUGGAUUACAGCAUCGAGAUCCUGAACUUGAAGCCCCGAGACAAGAUAUUUUUGGCGGGUGCGCUUGGAAACUAUUCCUUGGCUGGGUUUCAAAUGAACUUGCGCCGUCACGUGAUGUCCUACAUCAUCACUUACUACCUCCCUUCCGGACUUUUUGUCGUGGUCUCCUGGAUCUCGUUUCUCAUUCCCCCGGAUAUUGUCCCAGGACGAAUGGCACUGCUUAUCACACUAUUCUUGGUGCUCAUCAAUAUCUUCAACAACAUCACUACCAACUCGCCUAAAGCAGAGGGUCUGACUGCGAUCGAAAUAUGGAUGUUGGCCUGCAUCCUUUUUGUUUUCGGUACCCUGAUUGAGUAUGCUGUAAUUCUGUUCAAGAAGCAGAAAAGGUGUAAGUAUGGGGUGGCCCAAGCUGCAUUGGCUCGAGGCCAAUCCUUGUCGGCCUCCAAUCCUGCUCAUGAAUAUCAUCAAAUGGCAUCAUUUGCCAGGCCUCCCAGCAAUGAGGAGGCCUCCUCCAAUUUGGAUCCUAACCGCGUGGGUGAGGUCAUGUCAAAGAGCCCAUCAUUUUACGAGACCCAAUUCAAUCACUCUGUGUUUAAAUAUGAUGCAAAUGGUGGCCUUGUAAGCCAGAUUUUGCCAACUAGCGGUGGUCAUGUCCGCGUGAUUCAACAUUCUGGUGGUCCCCAGCAACAACUUCCAGCUACCACAACAGCCAUUUUAAGCCCCAAUACCAAUUCAAACAACAUUUUAGGCAUGACUUCAUCCAAUCCAUUUCAUAGCAAAUCUCCCAACACCAAUGGAGCAAACACAACUGUAGUACCCAGUGACGUCAAUGGGGCAGAAGGGGAGCAACAGCAACUGAUUUCCACAACUAGUCUCACCCAACCUAUCAUCCUUCAGGGAAACUCCCCAGGAGUCAGGCCAGCCCGUAGUCCAGUUAACUUUGUUCUUCAACAGCCCCAUGCUCACUUUUCUCCAGCCAUGUUGAAUGCAAAUGCAACAAUCCCCUCCAACAUCCCCAAUAACAUCAUCCCUCAUCGCCCACAUAUUCGCAGCAAGGACAGCUUCAGGCGGAGAAGGCGUCAAUCCAUCCUAGACAAGCACUAUUCUACUUGGCAUGACCGAUACUCUUCAGUAGAUCGAUUCUUUUUGUACUUCACUCCAUUGCUUUUCUUCAUAUUCAACUUCUUCUAUUGGGGCUAUUUAUAUGUUUGGGGAUUGUUUUACAGUCACAAUGACAAUACUGAAAAGCCCAUUGAAAUGCCAACCACUUACUAAGGUACUAAAAGAUCACAUUUGGUAUUUGAAACCUGAACCAAUUGAAUUUGACUUUGACCUCUCAACUACAACAUUGGAUGAACACCUUCAGUCUAAGAUGAUAAUAUCAUGAAAUGAAGUCAAGAUGGAUUUUGUUUCAAAUGUGGCUUGAUUUCUAUCAUGCACCCAAAAGACGCUAAGUUUGUUGGAAUGAAUAAUGGCAACGUUGUGAAGACCUUAACCUCUCAAAGUCAUCCUUGGCUGGCAAAAGACUUAAUCUUAUUUCAUUAAAGAGAUGAAAUUAGUUGCCAAUCAAAGCCAUAAAUCAUGUAAUGAUUUAGAGACAAAUCAAGAUGAUUCAUUUGUUUUAUCCCCAGCUUUAAACUUGGAUAUACAAACCAAUAAGUAUUGUGUUUAAAAGCUUAAGCUUACCAGAUAUCAUGAGCUCAAAGUAAGAAAUGGCAAACAUGCAUUAGCAAAAUCAAGAAAUAACAUACAUGCUUGGUUUUCUACAUCAUUUUUGUCUUGCAUUGCUUUUUCCCUUGGAGAAGUUAUUCAGCAAACACGUCAACAAAUUGAGCAAGUAUAUCUAAUUGAACAUUAGAGUGAUGAAUGAAAUGGGACCAAACCGUCUGAGGGUUAACAACAUUAAGGGGUUCUUGAUUUGUUUUGCAAGAGCUCAAGAUGACUUUUGUUAGCUUACAUUGUACUGUUUUUUUGGCGGAAUAUGUUGCUUAAGAAUUGGUUGUUUGAUAAGACCUUAAGUUAUUUUGAAGACUGAGAUUUUGCCAAUUAAACUCCCAAACUUUUUUUUCACUUAUCAGACCAUUUGGCACAAAUUGUCUCUUUCCUUAAUAAAGGCAACGUCUAUAAGUGGCUUCAUUAGGUAAAUCAGUAUUACAAUUGGCUCAAUGAGCAUGUAAAGGCUUACUCAAUCAUCUAUGUACUGUAUGAUAAUGUCAGCAUGGACCAUCUACCACCUGUGUACAAGUGUCUUAGUUGCAUGAUAAAUGUUCUAUGAGAGUACAAAGAUAAAAUAAAGAUGCAUAUAUGAA